AUGAAGCUACAACACCUCUCAGUCCUCGGCCUUCUCGCCACACCACUUCUUGCCCACGAAGAAGCUUCAACAGAAGUGCUCAAACGUUCCGCAAACCUCUCCAAGCGAUGCGCUUCCGGAACUGCAAACUACAACAAACGUCGAUAUGAACGACGAAACGCAGAAGCUCUCGCCAAGCGAUCUGGAAACGCAACAUACACCAUCACCACCGAAGCGCCUUACUAUGAUGUCCUCAAGAAUGAUACUUGUGUCUUGGCCGCCGACGUCACUGCUGGCCCUUACUACUGGCCUCGAUCCGAGACUCUCCGUCAAGAUAUGACCGAAGGCCAAGCCGGUAUUCCUCUAAUUCUCGAUGUGGGAGUUAUCGAUAUGGCGACAUGUGAGCCCCUUCCAAAUGCUCUCGUUGCCUUUUGGCAUUGCAAUGGCACUGGUAGUUAUUCCAGUUUCACUGGUCGAGACGCCAACAUUCCAUUCCCCACUCUGCUUAGGGAGAUGAAUAUUACGGAUUACGAAAUCGGUGUUACGGAUAUUCACACAAAUGAUACAACUUGGUUGAGAGGAAUGUAGCCUACGAAUGAUGAGGGAAUGUUGGAGAUGAAGACUGUCUUCCCUGGUUUCUAUGUUCAGAGAACUAUUCACAUUCAUGCUCAAGGUAAACUUUUCUCUUUCCCGCAUACUUAACACCUUCUUUUCAUUUCAAAGCUGUAUUCAUUCACUAACACGAUGUGGUUUUCACCGACUAUGU